UCCUGAAGGUGAAGUUCGAUAAGGAAGAAAUCGGGAAACCAAUUCAGACAAUAAUAUAUGAAUUCAAAUAAAUAAACCCCAAAGUUUCUUUCCCUAUGUUAAAUAAACAACUUAAAAUUAACUUCUUACUUUUGGUUUGUUUACUUUUCGAUUGUCAACAAACACAGCUGACUGACUCCUAAUAACGCGGUCACUCUGAAAAAAUACGAUUUUUGUAUAUGAGUAAUAGUCUUUAUUGACAAAACAAAUGUGCAUUUCGUAGUCAAAAUGACGGAUUUCCAAUGGCCCUGGGAGUACACUUUCCCCCCCUUCUUCACAUUACAGCCCCACGAAGAAACCAGACAGCAGCAGCUGAAGGUCUGGACAGAUCUGUUUCUCAAAUACCUCAGGCACACGAAUAGGUUUACGCUCAGCAUUGGGGACCAGAACUCCCCGCUGUUCCACAACGAAUCUUUGAAGCGCCGCCUCUCGCCGGAGCUCGUCCUGGCCAUUCUGGCCGAACUGGAGCAGACGGGGCAUGCGAAUCCGCUGGACAAGCGCCGCCAGGAGUGGCAGGUCUACUGGUUCACCCUCGAGGAGUACGGCAACAUGGUCUACGACUGGGUGCAGGAAACCGGCCAGACGAACACCAUCUGCACGCUGUACGAGAUCGCCGCCGGCGAGAGUACCGCCCAGCUGGACUUUCACGGCGUGGACGAGGCGGUGCUGCUCAGCGCCCUCCGGUUGCUGGAGGAGAAGGGUCGGUGCGAGCUAAUCGAGAUGGACGGCAGCCACGGCGUCAAGUUCUUCUAAGUGUCCAUUGUAUUUGUUAACUUUGUCCUGCGAAUUAUGUUUCCCUUUAUUGAAGAGUAAAUGAAUGUAAAUUUAACAGCGAUCUUCAUUUUAUCUUGGAAAAGGAAACGGAGAUCCCUUUAG